UUUUUUAGUGAAUGAAGAAAAAAAAAAAAUUUCAUUUUGUCUUUUCUAUUUUUCCCCUUUAUUUAUUUCAAUUUUCAGUUCUUUCCAUUACCUAGAAUGCUCAAAAAAAACCUAGCAAUUUUUAGAAUAGCCCACUUUAUGAUUUUCUCAUAUAUAACAUGAUCAAGAACAAGUAAGGAAAAUGGUAUAAUAAAUUCCUUUUAUUUUAUCUUUUUGAAAAAAAAAAAAAAACUGAAAUACAGGGAAGUUUGAGCAAGAUUAGCUGUUUAACAAACAAAAAUGGGACGUGGAAAGUUGCCAAUCAGGAGGAUUGAGAACCAAACCACAAGGCAGGUCACCUUCUCAAAGAGGAGAGCUGGGCUUUUGAAGAAGACUCAUGAGCUUUCUGUUCUUUGUGAUGCUCAGAUAGGGCUAAUCAUCUUCUCCAGCACUGGAAAGCUCUGUCAGUAUUGUACUGAGCCUUUCAGAAUGGAGCAAAUCAUAGAAAGAUACCAGAAGGCCACAGGGAUUCGUAUUCCUCAACAUGACACCCGUGAACAACUCUACAGUGAAAUGUCAAUGCUGAGAAAAGAAACUCAUCGUCUUCAGUUAAGUAUGGAGCGCUACACUUGUGAUGAUAUGAGUUCCUUCACAUAUGAGGACUUGGACCAACUUGAGCAACAAUUGGAGCACUCUGUCAAUAAAGUUCGAGAUAGGAAGAAUGAACUCUUGCAGCAGCAACUUGACAAUCUAAGAAGGAAGGAACGACUAUUGGAGGAGGAAAAUAACAGUAUGUGCCGUUGGAUCCAGGAACAUAGGAUGGCUCUAGAGUAUCAGCAAACUUCAAUGGAAGCAAAGCCAAUGGAGCAUCAACAACCUGCUUUGGAUCAAUUCCCCUACUUUGGUGAACAACCAAAUAGUGUGCUUCAGCUUGCAACUAAUAUCCCUGCUCACAUUUACCCUUAUCAUCUUCAGCUUGCUCAGCCUAGUACCCUUCAAGAAUAAUUCUAGCCUAAUCUCAUUUAUAAGAAUGUGUAGGUUUGCUAAGGAGGGUUGCUUUGCAUAGAGCAGAACGCAUAUGGUACAAAGAAAAUUAAUAUUGCAUAUAUAUGUUGAAUUGUUAUAUGAAGAGCCAAAUUUGAGUUGGAUAUUUACAGUAAUAUUAUAUAGCUAGGUUUCAUUAAGAAACUUUUUUUUUCAAUAUGAGUUGUCUAUGAAUCUAUCCAUUCAACUAGGGAAUUUUUUUUAUUUUUGGGUGUUUUUACAUAAUUAUGUUAAUUACAAAGCAUUAUAUAUGUUAAUUCUCUCUAUAUAUUGUCAAAUAUAUUAUCUUUUGAUGUUGUUUAUGUCUAAC